GGAGUCCGCAAACGCAGCAUCUCUCGCGAUCUUCUUCCUUCACUUCCCGGAAAUACAAACCUUCAUCCACCAAGAUGGCGACGUUGACUGUGAACAGGCCACCUAUCCCGGGUUUCAGUUUCGAAAACUGCAGAAGAAAUGUGCUUUUGGAAGGUGAAGCCACUAAAGUGGGAUGCAGCUUGCCUGCUGCUCGAAAAACUGGAACCACCAUCUGUGGUGUAGUCUUCAAGGGUGGUGUCAUCCUUGGCGCUGACACCAGAGCUACUGAGGGAAUGGUUGUGGCUGAUAAAAACUGCUCCAAGAUCCACUACAUCUCCCCCAACAUUUACUGCUGCGGUGCAGGAACGGCUGCAGAUACUGAGAUGACCACUCAGAUCAUUUCUUCCAACCUGGAGCUGCACUCCCUCUCCACAGGCAGGCUGCCUCGUGUGGCCACCGCUAACCGCAUGCUCAAACAGAUGCUCUUCAGGUAUCAGGGCUACAUUGGUGCUGCCUUGGUCCUUGGUGGAGUGGACUGUAAUGGACCUCAUCUGUAUAGCAUCUACCCCCAUGGCUCCACUGAUAAGCUACCUUACGUCACUAUGGGGUCUGGCUCCUUGGCUGCCAUGGCUGUUUUUGAAGAUCGCUACAAGCCGGACAUGGAGGAGGAGGAAGCCAAGCGCUUGGUGCGGGAUGCCAUCGCCGCUGGCAUCUUUAAUGACCUGGGCUCUGGCAGCAACAUUGACCUGUCUGUCAUCACCAAGGGCAAUGUGGACUACAUCAGACCCCACGAUGAAGCCAACAAGAAGGGGAUCAGGACUGGUGACUACAAGUACAAAAGAGGAACGACUGCUGUGUUGUCCAAUUCUGUAACCCCGCUAGACUUGGAGGUGGUGGAGGAGUCCGUCCAAACCAUGGACACUUCCUAAAAUGUACUCAAUGUUUGUUGAUGCAACUCACUACCCCUUAGAACACCUGACACAUUUUUUCAUGGUUUACAAUAAAAAUGUUGAGUUGA